AUGGAAACAAGGCUGAAUAGCAUGGGACGCAAGAAAAUACCAAAUUCCCCCUCAGAAAAGAUCAAAAAAUCUGGCAGUGAGGCACAAAUCCCACACCAACCGAUCGCCAAUUCCGGUUCCACUCAGUCGGUCAGUCAAAUCGCUCAGACACCAGGGGAUAGUGGAAGUGAUGUGGACUCGUCCAAUCUGAAACCUAUCUUUCCGGAGUUUGAUGAUGAAGAUUUUGACGACAUGGACGGUGGAUUCUCGUCCGAGGAGUCUGCGGAACCGUGA